AUGGACGCGUCCCCGCCGAGCGAGUGGCACUCCGCGCCGUCGCCGCCGCCGCCGGCGACGCCCGACGAGCGACGCGAGCGGCCGCAGCCCGGGAACGCGAACGUCCCGGUGCUCGUCGGAGGCAUCGCCGCCGAGCUCGCCGCGACGGCGGCGGCGCUGGCGGCCGCGGCGAUCGCGACCGCGCGCGGCGACGCGAUGGCGACGACGACGACGAGCCGGGCGGCCACGCUCGAGCGCGCGGCCGCGGUGCUCCGCGACGCCGCCGCGGAGCGCUGGGAGAGCGAUCACAAACUCGACGCGCUCUCGUUAUCGCUCGUGUCCUUAAACGCUCUGCACGAAGCGCUGUCGCUGUCGCGCGACGCGUCCGACGCCGCGGAAGCCGCGCACGUCGCCGCGACGACGAUCGCGGCGAAGGAAGAGAGCGAAGAGAACGCCGCGGAGACGGAAGCGCGCGUCGUCGAGGUUGAGCGGCUGCGAGCCGCGCUCGACGAGAAGAAAAAAACCGUCGCGCGUCUCGAGGCGUCGUUCGCCGCGGCGGUGUCGAGAGCCGAACGCGCGGGCGUCAGCGUGCGCGCCCCCGGCUCCGGCUCCGACUCGAUGCCCGACGGCGCGGAUGCGACGUACCAGGCGUCGCUGCGGCUGGGACGCGCCGCCGCGGUCGAGGAGCUGACGGGGAACCUCGCGUGCGCGCUCGACGCGUUCACGCGUUCGACGAUUCUUCUUUUGUUUUUACUCUCGGAGGGGACGCGGUUCGCGAGGACGGGGGAGCGCGACAGCGAUGACGACCAGCGCGCGAGCGGCGGCGGCGGGGGCGCGAUGUUGAUGUUCGAGGGGAGGGAACGCGUCGCGAGGUUCACGUGCGCGAUCGCGGGGAGGUUGAGCGCGUGCGCGGACGCCGCCGACGUCGCCAACGCACGCGCGAGGAAGGUGUUGGGGUCCGCGCCGGACGAAGCGGUCGCGGCGACGUGACGUGUGACCAGUGCGCACGAUGUGCGUCGUACGAUUCAAUCGAUUCAUUCAAUUGUAGCGUAGUGUUUGUAACAACAACUAAAACUGUCUGU